UUCUUGUUUUUGGUAUCACGUUGUGUCGGUUUCUCUCUCUUUGCCUCCUAGGUCUUCUCGUGGGAACAUUAGACGUGGUUUUGGACUCCAGUGCCCGAGUUGCCCCGUACCGUAUUCUGCACCAGACUCAGGACUCCCAAGUGUAUUGGGCGGUGGCGUGCGGAUCGUCUCGUAAAGAGAUCACCAAGCAUUGGGAAUGGCUGGAGAAUAACUUACUGCAGACUCUCUCCAUCUUUGAUAAUGAAGAGGAUAUCACCACAUUUGUCAAGGGCAAGAUACACGGAAUUAUUGCUGAAGAGAACAAGAAUGAGCAGCCCCAGGGCGAAGAGGAUCCAGGUAAAUUCAAAGAGGCUGAACUGAAGAUGCGGAAGCAGUUUGGGAUGCCCGAGGUGGAGAAGUUGGUUAAUUACUAUUCCUGCAGCUAUUGGAAGGGGCGUGUACCCAGGCAGGGCUGGCUGUACCUCACUGUAAAUCACCUCUGUUUCUACUCCUUCCUGCUGGGCAAAGAGGUUACACUGGUGAUCCAGUGGGUGGAUGUUACCCAGCUAGAAAAAAAUGCUACACUGCUGUUCCCUGAGUGCAUUAAAGUAAGCACGAGGGACAGUGAACUUUAUUUUUCUAUGUUUCUCAACAUCAAUGAGACAUUCAAGCUGAUGGAGCAGCUGGCGAACAUUGCUAUGCGGCAGCUACUGGACAAUGAGAGCUUCUUACAGGACAAGUCCCUCCCAAAGCCCAGGAAGCCUCUUAAAAACAUUUCUGCAUUAAAAAGAGACCUGGAUGCUCGAGCCAAAAACGAGUGCUACCGUGCCACUUUCCGGUUGCCUAAGGAUGAAUGCCUGGAUGGACAUACAGACUGUACCUUGUGGACACCCUUCAACAAGAUGCAUAUUCCUGGCCAGAUGUUUGUUUCCAACAAUUACAUCUGUUUUGCCAGCAAGGCCGAGGAGGCCUGUCAUCUCAUCAUUCCUCUCAGAGAGGUGACAAUAGUUGAGAAAGCAGAUAGUUCCAGUGUCUUGCCGAGCCCCCUGUCCAUCAGCACUAAAAGCAAAAUGACCUUCUUCUUUGCCAACCUGAGAGACCGAGAUUUCCUGGUACAGAGAAUCUCCGACUUCUUGCAGAGAACGCCAUCCAAGAAACCGUGUGACAGGGAAUGGAAGUGGAAUUUGGCUGAUCCUGGUUGUGAGGAGGUUCCAGAGUUGCCUUCCAGCAUCCCGCUUGCAGUGAGCCCCACGUCUGCUCUCGGCAACCGACCUGUCAACUUCAGUGCCGGGGAAGUGCCAACAGCCUCGCAGGGACUGCUCAAACUCUUCAGAAGAAAUUCCGAGGAGCUCUUGGGACCCAAAGGGGCAAAGGAGAAGAUGAAGGAAGAGUCCUGGAACAUUCAUUUCUUUGAAUACGGGCGAGGGAUGUGCAUGUAUCGUACUUCCAAGACUAGGGAGCUGGUGCAAAAAGGAAUUCCAGAGAAUCUUCGUGGAGAGUUGUGGCUCCUUUUCUCAGGGGCUUGGAAUGAGAUGGUGACUCACCCUGGUUACUAUGCAGAUCUUGUGGAAAAGUCCAUGGGAAAGUACAAUCUUGCUACAGAGGAGAUAGAGAGAGAUCUGCACCGUUCUAUGCCAGAGCAUCCUGCCUUCCAGAAUGAGCUGGGAAUUGCUGCCCUCCGGAGAGUCUUAACAGCUUAUGCGUUCAGAAAUCCAACAAUUGGGUACUGUCAGGCCAUGAACAUCGUUACGUCUGUGCUCUUGCUGUACUGCAACGAGGAAGAGGCUUUCUGGCUCCUUGUAGCUUUGUGUGAGCGGAUGUUGCCAGAUUACUACAACACAAGAGUAGUGGGUGCAUUAGUAGACCAAGGCAUCUUUGAAGAACUUACACGAGAGUAUCUUCCGCAGCUGUCAGAAAAGAUGCAGGACCUAGGAGUGAUUUCCACCAUAUCCCUUUCCUGGUUUCUCACUCUCUUUCUCAGUGUCAUGCCCUUCGAGAGCGCCGUGGUCAUCGUUGACUGUUUUUUCUAUGAGGGAAUCAAGUUUAUCUUGCAGGUGUCAUUAGCCAUACUCGAUGCCAACAUGGAGAAGUUGUUACAGUGCUGUGAUGAAGGUGAAGCCAUGACUAUUUUGGGCAGAUAUUUGGACAACGUAGUUAACAAACAGAGCGUCUCUCCCCCUAUUCCCCACCUGCACGCCUUACUGACGAGUGGAGAUGACCCACCACUUGAAAUUGACAUCUUUGAACUCAUCAGAACAUCCUAUGAGAAAUUUAGCAGUCUGAAGGCAGAUGACAUUGAACAAAUGCGUUUUAAACAAAGGCUGAAAGUGAUCCAGUCUCUGGAGGAUACAGCCAAGAAGAGUGUGGUCCGAGCUGUGUCUAGUGACAUUGGUUUCUCUAUUGAAGAACUAGAAGAGUUGUAUGUGGUGUUCAAGGCAAAGUAUCUAAUGAGCUGUUACUGGGGAAGUAAUCGUGCUGCAGCUGCCCGCCGAGAUCAGAGUUUACCCUACCUGGAGCAGUACCGCAUAGACAUGGAGCAGUUCAAAGAGCUGUUCAUCAGUUUGACCCCCUGGUCCUGCGGCGCACACACGCCUGUGCUAGCAGGGCGGUUGUUCCGGCUUCUGGAUGAGAACAGGGAUUCUCUCAUUAACUUCAAGGAGUUUGUGACAGGGAUGAGUGGGAUGUACCAUGGUGACCUCACUGAAAAACUCAAAGUACUCUACAAGCUGCAUCUGCCUCCUGCUCUGAAUCCAGAGGAGACAGAGUCUGCUUUGGAAGCCACAAGUUACUUCACAGAGGAUGUUACAACAGAAGAAACCCAGGAAGAUAAAGGAAGGAGAAAUGAGAACGGUCCAGAAAAAGAGGAGAAAGGUACCAGUCCACAAGACUAUAGAUACUACCUAAGAAUGUGGGCCAAGGAAAAAGAGUCCAAGAAAGAAACCAUCAAAGAUCUCCCCAAAAUGAGCCAGGAACAAUUCAUAGAGUUAUGCAAGACCCUUUACAACAUGUUCAGUGAGGACCCGGUGGAGCAGGAGCUGUACCACGCAAUUGCCACUGUAGCCAGUCUCCUUCUGCGGAUUGGGGAGGUUGGAAAAAAAUUCUCCAACAGGCCCGUGAGGAAGUCCGAGGACUCCAAAGCAAACAAUACGCAAGAUCCUGUGAGUGAAGAGGAAUCACCGACAUCCGAACAGAGUCAGAAUUCAGCAGUGGAGCAGCAGCCCCAAGCUGACCAUGAGGACAAAACCUGCGGAGAUGCUCAGCCUGAGAAAACACAGCAGGAGAGUCAAACCCUAGGAGAUGGGUCAGGGGAAGGACAAGGCUCUCCUUUACAGCUGCUAUCAGAUGAUGAAACCAAAGAUGAUAUGUCCAUGUCUUCCUACUCCAUGGUCAGCACAGGCUCCCUGCAGUGUGAAGACAUUGCCGAUGACACGGUCCUGGUUGGCUGUGAAGGCACUGGUUCAGCUGCCAGGUAUGGAAGUACCAUCGACACGGACUGGUCCAUCUCGUUCGAGCAGAUCUUAGCUUCCAUGCUGACGGAAACAGCCCUUGUAAACUACUUCGAGAAAAAAGUCAACAUUCUGCAAAAGGUCAAAGAUCAGAAGAAAGUAGAGAGGCAGUUCAGUUCAUCCAGCGACUAUGAACUUUCCUCUGUGUCAGGGUGA